UACACGAGGAGGAUUUGGGUCCUGUGUCAGAAUUUGGUACCAUUUGUCUAGUAAUAGGAGGCAAUGAAGAGCUGUUUAUUGCUGAUUCUGCUUAUAUACUUCUUCUCACAAGGAGACUCUUCAACCUUCAAUGAAAACUUUGCCAUUUCAUGGGGAAAUGACCAUGUAAAAUUGUCAAAAGAUGGACAGACAGUCCAGCUCCUUAUGGACAGAGUUUCAGGUUCUGGAUUCGCCUCAAAAAAUCAAUUCUUGUUUGGGAGCUUUAACAUGAAAAUUAAGUUGGUGCCUGGAAAUUCUGCAGGAACAGUCACUGCAUAUUAUAUGUCAUCAGACUCAUCUGCCCAUGAUGAAAUAGACUUUGAAUUCCUGGGAAACCUGCCAAAAAAGGGUUACCAUCUACAAACCAAUGUUUUCGCAAGUGGGGUUGGCAACAGAGAACAAAGGAUAAAACUCUGGUUUGAUCCAACUGCAGACUUCCACAACUACUCAAUUCUUUGGAACCAAAACCAAUUAGUAUUCUCUGUGGAUUCAAUACCCAUUCGGGUGUUCAAGAACAAUGAAAGAAUUGGAGUCCCAUAUCCAAAGAAUAGAUCCAUGAAAAUCAUCGCAAGCCUUUGGAAUGGGGAAGACUGGGCCACAGAUGGAGGAAAAGUGAAAAUAGAUUGGAGUAAUGCUCCUUUCAUUGCAUCUUAUCAGGGCUUUGAAGUGGAUGGGUGUGUGGCAUCUGCUUCAUCCAAGUCCUGUACUGGCCAUUGGUGGCAGCAACCAGAAUUUCAAGGCCUCAGUCGAAACCAACUGAAAAGACUUAGAUGGGUUCAGAGAAAUUAUAUGUUCUAUGACUACUGCAAGGAUAAAUCUCAAAGCUUUUCUAGUGUCCCCCCUGAAUGUGCUAUAAACCCCUGAUCAUAGAAAUUAUCUAAAUAUUCAUAUCCCUUAUUGAUUCAUACCUGAUUUCUAGUAAGAUUUUUCUCAAAUUCCCUGUCAUAAAAUUCCCAUAUUGUCGUACAUAUUUAUUUCUUUAUUAUCAAACAAUUAUUGUACAUAUU